UUGAUGAUGGCAACGUUUUACGCAAAUCCCGAUGAAGAAAAUGAACUUUGGAUAGAAACCGCUAUUCAAGGAUCUCGUUUCAGGAUUUGGCACUAUAUUUUCUUUUGUUUUUCCGCCUUCACGAUAAUAGUGGUUUUGGUGUGCUGUUGCGUUAAAAUCCGAGUUCCAAGAACCAAGCAAGAAAUUGAAGCGGACUACUGUCGUAAAAAGCUGGCUGAAAAAUUUCGCGUUAGGCUGAAAUUGAUUCAGAAUCAGGACAUGGAUGCCUUAGAUCUAGAAAGAGCUCUUCACAUUAUUCAAGAGGACUACAUUAACGAGAGUAGAAACUGCCAGCUUGUUCCAUCAGCUCCAACUGUUUUUAAUAUCAGUUCAGAUAACAUGGCCCAACCUCAGCAACCAUCGAAGAAUAGUCCGCAAACUGCUUCAGUAGCCAAGCUUACCUUGCAGAAGUGAAUAAUAAAAUCAUCGAUAG